AUGGCCGCGGUUGUUCGAUCCGGUGCGAGGAGGCUUGCUGGGUCCGCCCUGCUCCUGCAAGCGCCAGCUGCCGGUGCCCUGAUCCAGCCAAAGCCGGCGGCCGGUGGCCUGAUCCAGCGAUCACAGGCCUCGGGCGCCUGUCUUGCAAGGUUCAUGAGCACCACGAAGCGGUAUGUUCGUUGUGAACCACCUGAAACCCUGGCCAAAGCAAAGGAGGUAAUCCUACUGAAGAAGGAGGAGUUGUAUGAUCUGCUAGCCAAGUCAGGGACUACUGACCGUCAGAACAUACAUCUGCUGAAGAUUCUUUCUGUACAAAUCAAGCCGAGGCCAAAUGACUCUCAGUGGCGUAAGACGUGGAUAUUCGAAGUGUUUCAGGAUGUGGUAAAAUCAUCCAUUCCCCUCACUGGUACCCUCCUAGUUGGUCUUGUUAUGAUUGAGCUGCACUUAUUCAACGAUGCUUGUAACAAGAGAAGACUGCAACAAGUGGCUGCUGCACAAGAGAAGGUGGCUCAUGCUUGAUUACCAACAUCAGAUUGUUUUCCCGUAAUCGUUUGUCUUAAUUUCUGGGACUGUUUAUCAUCUGUUAGCUAGAACUUGGCUGCUUGGGAUUGUUUAUUCUGUGUUGGCUAGAAUUUGACUGCUGUCUCUGGGAUUAUUUAUGCUAUGUCAGCUAGAACUUGACUGAUAUCCCUGUGGUGCUGUGUAUGUU